AUGAAGAGUGAGCUGCACAGGAAUUACUCAGAGUUGACAGAGUUUAUUCUGCUGGGAUUCAGAAGCUCUCCAGAAAUACAGAUUCGAUUAUUCAUACUAUUCUUCUUUAUCUACAUGGUCAUUGUAGUGGGAAAUAUCAGCAUGAUAGUUGUCAUUAAAAUAGAUUUCAGACUUCACACACCUAUGUAUUUCUUUCUCAGAAAUUUGUCCUAUUUAGACCUUUGUUACUCCACAGUCAUUGCCCCCAAAACUCUGGCUAAUUUCUUGUCCAAGGAGAAGAAAAUUUCUUACAAUGGCUGUGCAACACAGUUCUUUUUCUUUGCUCUCUUUGUCGGAACUGAAGGCUUUCUUCUAGCAGUGAUGGCAUAUGAUCGCUUCUCAGCCAUUUGCUUGCCUUUCCUCUAUACUGCACGUAUGUCUCAGCAGUCUUGUGUUCAUUUGGUGACUGGUUCCUAUAUCUGUGGAUGCAUCAACUCCAUGAUCCAAACAGGUUUCACCUUCAGUUUGCAUUUCUGUGGAGAAAACAGACUGGACCACUUUUUCUGUGAUGUCCCAGCCCUGAUCAAAAUCUCAUGCAUUGACACCUUUGUGAAUGAGAUUGUGCUGUUUGUUCUCUCUGCUCUCAUCAUCAUCACCACCACAACCAUCAUUCUGGUUUCAUAUGCUUAUAUCCUCUCCACUGUCAUGAAGAUCCCCUCAAUCCAGAGCAGGAGUAAGACCUUCUCUACCUGUAGCUCUCACAUAACUGUGGUGAGUUUAUUCUAUGGGACUGUGUUCUUCAUGUAUGCCCAACCUGGGGCCAUCUCCUCACCAGAGAAAAACAAGAUUAUAGCUGUGUUCUACACUCUUAUCAUCCCUAUGUUAAAUCCUCUGAUUUAUAGUCUAAGGAAUAGGGAAGUAAAAAAUGCUCUGAAAAGAAUAAUGUUGAGAGGAAUAUCUUUUCAAUAA